UAUGUCAAAGUAAAACACACAUGGAUGCAAGGACCCAGCAGCACAUUGCACUGUGAGAUCAGUGAUCAGUGUUAUUCACUUCACCCAUCUAUGGUUUUAAUGCUGUGUCUACUUGAGAUAUUGAUACAUUCAGAUAAACUAUAAAUUAAUCACAAACACAGUUAAAAUCAGAACAUCUAAGGGCGGACAGAUGAGGAGUGCAGCAUCUGAAAAACUGGAGUGCAUGAUGGGAACAUCACAGGUGAUGAGUUUUGUGACAGUCCAGUCUGUGAACAUCAUGUUACUGAGUCUCCUCUUUAUUCCAAAGCCUUCGACUGCUUGUCCUGAGUAUUCAGACCUCUUCAUCACUGCACCAACAGACAUGGAAGCUCUGAGUGGAUCAUGUUUACAAAUCCCAUGUAACUUUAGUGCUGCUGGACCAGUAAAGUUUGACAGCAGAAGAGCUGUCUUCGGAGUGUGGAUUAAAAAUCAGUCCAAUGUUAUUAAAUUUCCAAAAAAUGAGAUCUUCAACAGCAGUGAGACAAUUAACACCUAUCCAAUGAAUAUUACAGGAAACCUGAAGGAGAAAAACUGCACCACUCUGUUUUUCAAUUUAACCACAACUUAUACAAACACAUACUACUUCAGAAUUAUGAACUGGCCGUUCCGAGCAACAGCUGCUUGUGAUCCUCUUAAAAUAACAAUUAAAGGUGAUCCAGAUUCUCCUUGGAGGCCCAAUAUUACAAUCCCGGGUAAUCUGAAGGAGAAGGAGUCUGUCACUAUAACCUGCUCAGCUCUCACUCCCUGUCCACACUCCCCUCCUCAACUCACCUGGAAUCUCACACAAGACUCUCACAACAAAACAGAGGAAAACACAGAUGGAAGCUUUACAACUAAAAUCCAGCAGACCAUCACUCUGUCAGACACACAUGAUGGAAAGAAGAUCAGCUGCUCUGCCAGAUAUCCUGUGAACCAAGGAAAAGACACCAAGACAGCAGAGACAGAAGAGACUCUCAGUGUUUCAUUUGCUCCUAAAGACACCUCAGCAUCCAUCAGUCCAUCAGGUUUGGUGUCAGCAGGCAGCUGGGUGAACCUGAACUGCUCCAGCAGAGCCAAACCUCCAGUCAGCAGCUUCACCUGGUUCAAGAAGAGCAGAGAUGGAGCUGUGAAAGUAUCUGAAGGAGAGAUUUACAGCUUCAAUGUAACAGAUGGAGGAGUUUAUUACUGUGUGGCCACUAAUGAUCUGGGUAAUCAGACAUCAGCAGAGAUUCGUGUGACUGUUGCAGGACAUCAGAAUAGUGGUUCUUUACCACUGAGUCUGCUUCUUGGAGGCAUCCUUGGGUUCAUCUUACUGAUCUGUUUGAUUAUCUUUGCUUUCACAGCUCUCAGGUUGUUAAAGUACCAAACUCAGCAAGAGACUCAGAGUCAAACAAGUGAAGAGCUGGUUGUUGAAGAGCCGACAAGUAAAACAGAAGGAGGGGAAGAAAACAUCCAUUAUGGAGAGAUCAACUUCUCUGUGCUGGGAUAUGAAGCAUCCUCUGUCUCAGCGCAGGACACAGGACAGCAGCAGGAUACGGUGUACGCACAGGUGAAAGUCAACAAGCCAAAAAACAGCUUAACACAGAGAGCUGCUUUGUGCUGCCAAGAGGAACUCUACGCUGAGGUCAGAAAAAGUGAGCUGUGUUAAGACAUUAACAAAGAAAUACAGAGAUCAAUGAAGUAAACCCAACAAACCACUUCCUGCACAUUUUGGGGGGUUUUCUGCUUUCCUUUAAAACUUCAUUUAGCUGCUUUCAUAUCUGUCUCACUAGUGGAAUAAAGUUUUUCUAAGAUUUCUGGAAACAUCACUGGAUCAGAAACAUCACCAGCAUGAUGUUGAGAGUUCACCUGUAAAGUGAUAAUCUGACCAGCUCUCAUUAAGGUUGCCAGUCAGAUACUUCCAGAUCACCUCACUUCAUUAGGAAUCUCCCUCUAAUCAAAUAUUACUUUUUGACUACACCCAACGUUUCAUGGAACAGAGAAAGUUUCUGAUGAACUGUAAUCCAACACAUAUUGCUUCAUGCUCUGUUGUAAAGCUUACAAAACAGUAUUGCAAUUCAUACAACAGUGUCUCCCUAAUCUCGGGCUGCAACAUCUAAAAGGAAGGCAAACUCCACAUGAAAAUAUAAAUUGAUUUACAAAAAAAUCUUAAGAGUUAGAAAUUGUGAACUUCAAAUAUUUGCAGAUUUUGUUUUAGUCUGAUGGUCAGCCCUCAUUUAUGAGCAUAUACCACUGCCCAGUCCACAAAACACUGACUCCUACAAAUACUCCUCCGAGUGAUAUGAUCCAGAUAGCACAUAAAGUGGCCUUUCUGGCCUUGAGCACACCACAAAUGUUAAAACAGGUCAAUUUUGACCCAGCAGUUCAGUUUCUGCUGCACAGUUACAUUGAUCACAUUGAAGAAUAAAUGCCAUUACUUUUCUGUAAAUCAGACUACAUGCGUAUCUUAUCUUUAAAUGUAUGAGCUGCAUGUCUAACCAGCAUAUCCCUAAAUCUGUAAGGCAUAAUAUUUUUAAAAAAAACCCACUGUGAGACACAGCAUAAACUACUGUAAGCUUUUUGAUUUGGAUGUUAUAAUAAGGGUCUUAUUAGUGCCUGUUUGUUCCUCCAGGUAUUGUUGUGGAUGCUUUGUCUGAAGAUGAACUCAAUGAAAUGUGUUCUUGUUGUUUCAUGUUAGUAUGGAGUGAUGGAACACUAAACAUUCAAAUGGUGAUUUAGAGUUUUGUCUUUUGGUAUUUAUUGUCAAGUGAAAUUUAACCAAUAAUGUGUCUGUUGUUAACAACUACUGUGAUGUCACUUUUUGGAUUUGAAUGCAGUGGAUUAGAGUACUGAAAUAAACUAUAGUCAUAUUUCAGACUGAUGAUGUUAAAUAAACUGUAUUUUAAUGAGU